CCGUCAGUGUGACGGACGCCGUCGGGUUGCCGCCAUGAACAACAAACUGUGGCUGUGCGUAGCAGCAGCGCUCCUGGGCAUCGUGUGGGCGGCGCCCAGGGUGGAACGCCCCUUGGUGGAGUUGGCGCAGGGGAAAGUUCUCGGGGAGUCGCGGCAGGACCACGGGGUGUCCUACUGGGCCUUCGAGGGGAUUCCUUUCGCCAAGCCUCCCACGCACAAUCUGCGGUUCAAGGACCCCGAGCCGGCCGAGGCGUGGGAGGGGGAGCUAGACGCCUCGAGCCUCCCGCCGCCGUGCGCGCAGUUCGUCCUCGGGGGGAGGGAGGACUGCCUCUACCUCAGCGUCUACGCACCUCAGAAUGCCCUGGACGCCGAGGAGCCCUUGCCAGUUAUGGUGUUCAUCCACGGCGGAGGCUUCUACUUGGGCGCCGCCCUGAACAACCAUGGAUUCCAGCCCAUGGUAGCGAAGGGCGUCAUCGUAGUGGCCAUGCAGUAUCGCCUUGGUGUUCUCGGGUUCCUGUCAACGGAGGACCCAGUUGCCCCGGGGAACCUUGGACUCAAGGACCAAACCCUUGCCCUCCGCUGGAUCAAGGACAACAUCGCGUCCUUCGGUGGGGACAGUGAGAGAAUCACCCUCUACGGAGGAAGCGCCGGCGCGGCGUCGGUCCACUACCAGAUGCUCGCCCCGCCCGCGGCAG